AUGCCGCCCCGGACGAGAGCGGGUGUUCAUAGCCAGAAACAAAAAGAAAGGUGCGGACUGUGCUGCCUACCCGCCUCAAAACACCGAGCUAACGAGGAGGCCUCCGGGUCGCGUGCUAUACAGCUAGCCAACUCCUACAAUGAAUUACUCGAGGAGUUCUCGUCGAAGGACCUUCGGAGCGUGGGCAAUUACUCAUUAGGGCGUUUAAUUGGGAAAGGGUCUUUCGGCAAAGUCUAUCUCGCAACGCACAAACUCACCAAUGGAUCGAAGGUCGUGCUCAAGUCGUCCUCGAAGGAAGACACCAAUCUCGCCCGCGAAAUCCACCACCAUCGCCAAUUCCUCCACCCCCAUAUCGCACGACUCUACGAAGUGGUCGUUACGGAAAAUCUAGUGUGGCUGGUUUUGGAAUACUGCCCUGGCGACGAACUCUACAACUACCUUGUGCGCCACGGCCCUCUUCCUGUCGAGAAAGUCAAGCGUAUAUUUACACAGCUGGUUGGAGCGGUGGCAUAUGUGCACAAACGAGAACGUGAAACUAUGCGAUUUCGGGUUUACGCGCGAGUACGAAGGCAAGGCGAGCUAUCUCCAGACAUUCUGUGGGACGAUAUGCUACAGUGCACCGGAAAUGCUGAAGGGGGAGAAAUACGCGGGGGAGAAGUGGACGUGUGGAGCUUGGGAAUUAUCCUCUAUGCGCUGUUGGCUGGCGAACUACCAUACGACGACGACGACGACCAGGUCACGAAAAAGCGGAUCUUGUCCGAGGACCCAACCUACAACGACAAGUUCACCGAGGAAGCGAAGUCGUUGAUUAACCUUCUUCUCUCGAAGCGACCCUUGAUUCGCCCCAGUCUGGAAGACAUUCUUGCCCAUCCGUUCCUCUCAGAGCAUGCGCCCGAACAGCUCGCUAUUCUCAAAAUCCCAUCCCCCUCGCCUUUCACCACCCCGCUCGAAAAAACCACCCUACAGCGCAUGAAAAGUGCGGGCGUUAAUAUCGAUGAAGUGAUUGAGAAUGUUCUAGCCCAACGAUGUGACCCGCUCGCUGGAUGGUGGGCCUUGUUGAUUGAAAAGGAGCAACGGAAGGAAAAGAAGCGCGAACGUAAACGCAAGGAGCGGGAAGCAGAAGCAAAGACUAUCCGCCGUCUCAGCGCAGCCAGUAGCCGGAUGGAACGACUUUCAACAGCUUUGAUGGAAGUGGACGAAGAAGGGCAUGCCAACUCGGACAGCCAGCUCCAUGAGCGUGGACGUCGAGACAGAAGAAGCUUGCCCUCUCAACUGGCAGUGCCAGAGCUUCCAGCCCUCCCUGAACCAGUUCCGGGAACAUCCCCGGAUAAUAGCGCUCCACCCACGCCUCUAGACAAGGUCUCUGUUCGCUCCGCUACGUCUCUGCGCAAGCGACCUGUUCCCCCGCCGAAAGACAAGAGACGCUCCAGGCCCAGUAUGCUGCAUGUUAGUGCCUCGCAGCCAGAACUGGCACAGCAUCACGGUAUCUUUCGUCGUCGAACAACCCGUCGCCAUAACCCGAUCAUUAGCCAGCUUGCGUCUUUGAAACACUGGUUCGUGGAAUCGGCCAAACGAGCAAGAUCGCCAAAUGCGAAGUCAUCUGGGACCCGCAAGUUCACCGAGAAGUUCAGCCCUUCGAAAAGCCAAGACUCUGGGAGAAAGUCUGCCGCCUUAUCGCCACAAGUGCAAACGCCCACCGAGCUGACCACUCCGACUCAAAUCAAACGGAUCUCGAAUGCCAGUAGCCUGGCCCCGAGUAGUGCUUCUUACCGCCAGAAUCGCCAUUCCUAUCCUCGCCAACCGCGGCAGUUGAAUACUAGCCAUUCAAGCAACCGUAACUCUCUCUCGCCAUCGCCGAUUACUCCUCGUGGGUCAUAUAGACGCUCUUCUGUUGGCCUACGAGGCCGGAAAUCUACAUCUUCCUCUGUCUCAUCCAUCCGCAGCAUUCACCACACCCGCGCACACUCGAAAGCCUCGUCCGUCUCGUCCAAUAGCAUGGAUACCAUCCACACGCCCACAGCCCGUAUCUCACGGUCUCCUCACUCUUCCAUUAAGGUCCUGCCAACCACACCAGGUGCCUCUUCACGGUUCCCGAGCAAUAUCCGUCUGGUACGUGGGCCUGGUGGUCCGUCCAGAGAUAUCGGCACUGGCGCUGUCCAAACACAACCGCCGCCAUCAGCUUUCAACGAAGCUGCUCCGGGUCCAAUGCUCUUCUCGCCAUCCUCCAGUCUGGUUUUUGCACGGAGGAAACGAUCUGCCUUCAAAGGACCCAUGGGGCCUACGGUUCAGACAGUGAAUCUCAUGGGCUCUGGUGGACCAGUAUACUCUCCUGUGUCAGGACCGACUGCAGAGGCCGGCGAGCCGAGCUUGAAGCCGGAGCGCGCUGUUGCCCGGAAGAGUCAGAUCAUCGAAGAAGAGGAAGACGAUGAAUUCCUGGAAGAGGAGAUCGAAGAGGUCGACGAGUUCGAUGGCCCUGAGGAUCCCGGUGAGCUAGAAUUAGCCGUGCCUAUAGCAGAUCCGCUCGAGGAUCUUGCUGAAGGUCCUGAGGCCACUGAGAAGGUGGAGGCCGAGACUGAAGCGGAUUCUGGAUCCGUUCGAAAAUUCGGUCUAGACCCUGCUCCAGAGCUGACCUCCACUCCAAUACGACCUCCCCGCUCGUCCUCCCCUGCGCGACCCUCCUGCCCAAGCCACGGCAGAAAUUACAGAAGUGGUUGGAACCGACGUGGCUCCAGAAGCCGGCGCAAAAACCAAAUCUGA